GCGUCUGAGUUAGAUCCGGGUAUAGCUGUGAAAGUGCAUUUGUAGGUGACAAAAUGGCGAUGUCAGAGCAGCUUGAGUCCGAAGGAGGCUGUUCCUCCAAGUCGUUCAAGCUGUACUCCCCCAAGGAGCCCCCCAACGGUAGCACUUUCCCCCCUUUCCACCCCGGCACCAUGCUGGACAGAGACGUGGGUCCCACUCCGAUGUAUCCGCCCUCAUACAUGGAGCCAGGAAUAGGGAGGCACACACCAUAUGGUAACCAAACAGACUACAGAAUAUUUGAGCUCAACAAGCGACUACAGAACUGGACAGAGGAGUGCGACAACCUGUGGUGGGAUGCUUUUACUACAGAAUUCUUUGAAGAUGAUGCCAUGUUGACCAUCACUUUCUGUCUGGAAGACGGUCCCAAACGUUACACGAUUGGUCGGACGUUAAUUCCAAGGUACUUCCGGAGUAUAUUUGAGGGCGGGGCCACUGAGCUCUACUACGUGCUGAAACAUCCCAAGGAAUCCUUCCACAAUAACUUUGUUUCCCUUGACUGUGAUCAGUGCACUAUGGUCACUCAAAAUGGAAAGCCCAUGUUCACACAGGUGUGUGUAGAGGGCCGCUUGUACCUGGAAUUCAUGUUUGAUGACAUGAUGCGGAUAAAGACGUGGCACUUCAGCAUCAGACAGCACCGUGAACUCAUCCCCCGCAGUAUACUGGCCAUGCACGCCCAAGACCCACAGAUGCUUGACCAGCUGUCCAAAAACAUAACAAGAUGUGGCCUGUCAAACUCCACCCUCAACUACCUCCGGCUGUGUGUUAUUCUGGAGCCCAUGCAGGAGCUGAUGUCCAGACACAAGACAUACAGUCUCAGCCCCAGAGACUGCCUCAAGACCUGCCUCUUCCAGAAAUGGCAGAGGAUGGUGGCACCGCCUGCCGAGCCGUCGAGACAGGCCCCCAACAAGAGGCGGAAGCGUAAGAUGUCAGGCGGCAGCACCAUCAGCGGCGGAGGAGGGGCCAACAAUAACAACAACAACAAAAAGAAGAGCCCCGGUAGCGGCUUCCCUCUGUCCAGCCAAGUUCCGGACGUGAUGGUGGUGGGAGAGCCCACCCUGAUGGGCGGGGAGUUCGGCGACGAGGACGAGCGUCUGAUCACGAGGCUGGAGAACACGCAGUUCGACGCGGCCAACGGCAUCGACGACGAGGACAGCUUCAACAACUCUCCGGCGCUGGGCUCCAACUCGCCCUGGAACAACAAGGCCCCUUCCAGCCAGGAGAGCAAGAGCGACAACCCCACCUCGCAGGCGUCCCAGUAGAGCCCCGGGGCGGGCCCCCCAUAACCUCUAUACAGACCCCUCUGUCAGCCCCCCCACCCUACCUCUAUAGCCAUGACUGCAGCCAAAUUGGUCCAUAGUCUGAUUUGCAAACCAAACACAGCUGUAGCGCUCAGAUUCACACCGCAGGUAGCCUGAAGGAGCUCCGUCUGUCCUCUGACUGAGCCAGAGAAAUGUUUAGGCACUGUGUCCCAGCACUGUUUCUCUCUCUCUUUCUCUCUCUCCCCUCCUCCAACUUCUUACACAAAACGCCCCCGUCUGCUGUUGCUCGUUUUCAUUUCCGGAUGGGGACAGGGGUUGACGCGACCGAGAAGUAGCAGGAAUUUAUUCCACACAAGAAUCAAGUACACUAACCCUAUCGGAGACCAAGCGCUCGCACGGAGGGGUGGGCGGGGCCUGUGAGGGCGUGGCUUCACGGCGGUGGCGAGUCGCUACCCGUCAUCUACACACGGCUCCGGAUUGUGGCCCGCUCUGCCGAUGCAUAAGCCACCCUGCGUGUUGUGAGCGGAAGUGUGUGUGCGUGUGUGUGAAGAGAAAACCUGAAGUGUUUAUCUGUGGCUUUGCUGAAGCAGACGGUUCAGAACGGAGCGUCGGUUUUCAAAACUAACACACUAGUAUGAAGGCUGUUUUGAGGCACUAGGGCAAUAACACAUGUAUAUUCUCACCCAUGCAUACACGCAUAACAGUAAAGAUCAUGAUUGAAGGAUUCUGAGUGCCCCCAGUGCCCCAACCAUCCCUGAUUAGACUACAGUGAUUGCAGUCUUUCAAAUGGAAAGCAUUUACAACACACAAACACACACACAGCUACACAUUUUAAGAGUUUUUAUACAGUAUAUAUAUUUCCCUAGAAUGUUUUUGUUUUAUUUGUAUUAAACGCCUUCAUUUCAAUUACUUUUCUUUUUAUUUUCUACCAAUACUGAAAAGCUACAGACCAAGGAGCAACGCAGGACUUUUAUCCUCCUCUCCCCCCUAAAAAAUAUAUUGUUUUUUUUUUUUAUCUUUUAUGUUUAUAAAAGAGAAAUAAUUUAGUGUGGAUGUUUUUAUUUUGUCUUUUUGUUUUUUUUGGGAAAUUUUUGUGUAUUUGUGCUUGUAUAUUUAAGGUAGUAGCAAAGUUCUGUCUGACUGUAAUAAAAUGUAUUCUUACUUAGAUUUACCUAAAGCCAUCCCGAUCUAAUGUAAAGAAACAAAAAUAGGAAAAAGGAGAAAAAACACUCAUGAACCUGUUCCCUCUUCCCCCCUGCUGUCUUUCCUCCUUCCUCUUUUUUUAAAUAAAACUUGUGUAAAUUAAAUUACAAACCCCUGGGGGUACAAUGGCACCAUGGAAAGAGGAUUUUUCUUAGUUUUUCUUUUGUUUUUUUUCUAUUUAUUUUUAAAAAUUCACGCUUGUACUUUGAUUAAUCACAGCAUCCCUGACAAUUUUUCUGUAUCUCGUCUUGAUGUCGACGUGAAUGUGCUCGGUGGCUUUUAGUUUUCCCUGUAACCUUCCUGUUUCAUCACUGGCUAAGAAACAAUCUUUUGUUUUUUGAUUUUCUUUCUUUUUUUUAAAAAAAUGGGUUUUAUGUUAAAUUUCUCUUAUUUGUACAGUCUUGUUUAUAACCAGCAGUGUCGCUAGCCAUUUUAACAUUAACUACAGUCUGCAUAUUUUGGUAACAGUGCUGAGUCUGUAAAGUCCAAUAGAGAACAGCUCUGUUAUUGGUUUGUACAUUUGUGUUUUGUUUUUUUGGGAAUUGAUUCCAGCUGCAUUUAUGAUUGACUUUGAAUGGUGACUUGUACCUUCUCCAAACCCUGUAGAGAAAUCUUUGUUUGAUAUAUAUUUUUUUGAUUUGCUUAGUUUCUGCCCUUAAUAAUUAAUGUAUGGUACCAAUAAAAAGAUACAUUUUCACUUUAAAA